CUUUGCAAUAUUAUAAGUAUAAAAGUGGUUCUUAAACUAAAAUAACCAUUCUAGCUUCUAUUACAGAAGAAACCACAUUUAAAAUGUCCCGCUUUGCUGUUCUCCUGUUGUGCGUUCAGGCUUUCCUGAUCCAAACUGCUUUUAGCCAGCAAUGUGGCUGCAAUCAAAACUACGGCCAAUAUAGUUCCACAGUUAGCGCACCCAUCAGCUACGCCGCGUCGUACGGCGGCUCGGGCACCGGGCAGGUCGGCGUGUCCGGCAACAUCGACGCAAGCGGCCAGACCGCCGUCGUCGGCUCGGUGCCCGUGCUCGGCUCCGUCGAUUUCGGCGGCAAGGUGCCCGCGUCCGGCUCCGUGUCCAUCUCCGGACAGUGCGGAUGCGGCUGCAAAGCUUAAUUAUUUUUUGGCAAGGAAGAACAGAUAAAGUCGCAAGGAUGUUUUUUAUAAUAAAAAGUACAAAAUAAUUUGCUAA